AUGGAGCUUUUGCAUUUUAUUAAUGGGAAGGAGGAGGAGGAGGAGCUUAUAUUAAUGAAAGGUGGGAAGAUUGACAGCCAUGAGGAGAGGCUUGUUAGUGUCGCGAUAAAAGAGCUUAGGAAUGUCAAGUACGAUUAUGUUGUGGUGAAUGUGGAAGGUAGGCUGGACGAUGUGGUAAACCGCUUGGAAUCCAUUAUUGACGCUGAGAAAUGUAAAGUUCGUCCAAUGAUUUUCGAAACAUAA